AAGCAGGUCGGAAGACUAUAGAGAGGGAACUCUGGGAGGUGGCCGUCCGGAAUCUAGGCGACGGGGCGAGACGGGGCGAGACGGGGCCGGUAGGUGGCAGGAGGGGGCCGGGCCGGAGCCGGCGGGAGGGCCAGGCCCCGAAGCCCCCGCCCUGGCUUGCCCGCCCCGGCCGCGGAGGAGAAAACGGAGGAUGAUCUCCAGAUACACUCGGAAGGCCGUGCCACAGAGCGUGGAGCUGAAAGGAAUAACAAAGCAUGCUCUUAACCAUCAUCCCCUUCCAGAGCAACUGGAUGACAUCUCCUCUACCAAUGACAGCCAUGAAAAAGAUUCAAGCUCUCAAAGUGAGUCUGACAUCACCCAAGAAUCACCUUUUACCUCAACUGACACCGGGAAUUCACGUUCUGCUUUUCCAAGCUAUGCAGGCACAGGGAUCUCUACAGAAGGCAGUUCUGACUUCUCCUGGGGAUAUGGUGAACUUGACCAAAAUGCCACUGAGAAGGUGCAGGCAAUGUUCACGGCCAUCGACGAGCUCCUGUAUGAGCAGAAGCUGAGUGUGCACACACACAGUCUGCAGAAGGAGUGCCAGCAGUGGGCAUCCAGCUUUCCUCACCUCAGGAUUCUAGGCCGGCAGAUAGUCACUCCAAGUGAAGGCUAUGGACUGUACCCCAGAUCGCCUUCUGCUGUGUCAGCUUCUCAUGAAGCAGCCUUAUCUCAAGAGAGAGAGUCUACCAUUUUUGGUAUAAGGGGAAAGAAGUUACAUUUUUCAUCUUCUUAUGCUCAUAAAGCAUCUCCCACCAAUAAACCCUCUGGCUUGUCUGCCGUGGAAGGGGAAGAAGUGGACUGUAUAAUCUUUUCUGAAGGAAUAAUAGAGGAGUACCUAGCUUUUGACCACACGGAUAUGGAAGAGGGAUUUCAUGGAAACAAAUCAGAAGCAGCUACAGAGAAACAGAAGUUAGGGUACCCUCCCAUUGCUCCAUUUGACUGCAUGAAAGAGGAUGUCCUUGCUUAUGUUUUUGACAACGUGUGGAGCAAGGUUGUGGGCUGUAUGGAGCAGUUGACACGUAGUCACUGGGAGGGAUUUGCUUCUGAUGAUGAGAGUAACGUUGAAAUUACCAGACUGGAUUCCGGAAGUCCCUGUGUGCUGAACGAACAGCAUCCUUUGGUCUUACCUCGAAUGCCGCAGUCCAAGGUGCUGUCCAUCACCUCAAAUCCGAUGAGUUUCUGUCAAGCAAGUGGUCACCAGCCAAAUGUGAAUGGCCUCUUGGUUCAUGGGAUGCCGCUACAGCCGAGGAACCUCUCUCUGAUGGACAAGCUCCUAGAUCUUGAUGACAAGCUACUUAUGAGGCCUGGCUCCAGUUCCGUCCUUUCAAACAGAAAUUGGCCAAACCGAGCCCUGGAGCUCAGUACGUCAUCUUUGUCAUAUACAGUGCAGUCCGCCAGAAGACGCAACCCUCCACCACGUACCCUUCAUCCUAUCAGCACCAGCCACUCACGCGCCGGGACGCCAUGGCCAGCAGAAGAAGUCCUCAGAGGAUCCCGGGUUCCAGUGACCGCAGACACUCUCUCUUCUUCCUCACCAAUGCCCCUGGGUCGGAACAAUCUGCUGCCACCUAUUGGAACAGCUGACGUAGAGCAUCUGAGCACCGUGGGGCCACCGCGGCCAACAAAACCCCACGGUGACUCCAGCCGAGCUCGAAGUGCGGUGGUGGAUGAGUCUAACCAGCAGCCCCAAGAGAGGCUCCUUUUACCUGUCUUCUCCAGACCCAACACAACUCAGUCGUUCUUGGUCCUCAGUCACAUGGGUCUACAAAACCUCAAUGCAGAGGUGGACCCAUCUCUAGAACCAGGCAGUGACCACAGGGCAAGUGAGAAUCUGCAAGGCUGCAGCAGACUGCAAACACAUGGAAGGUUUCGUGCACCAGUGCUCAGGCCCGAGACGAAGCAAAGCUUGGGCCAUCUUCAAAGCUAUCUUGGUAGGACUGUCCGAGCAACACUACAGAGUAUCUGCCAAAGACUGCGUGGGCAACUGUUCUGUGUCCAGUUACUUACUGUCUUCUUCCAGCUGUUCCACUGGGCAGUAAAGACUGUACCCAAAGACAUGACAAUGAAAAACCACCCCUAAUCACUGCUGUUGUCUGUAACCAAUCACCAGUUCAAUUCUUGUACAAUUCAGUGAGAUUACAUACACACAGAUGAUUCAGAUCACUGGCUUCAGAAUAUUUCUGCUUAUAUUAAUUUCUGGAGAACUGCACUGUUCUAACAUAUUUUUAGAAGUGCUGCCAAAAAUCUGAGAUACUCGUCAAAUAAAUGUCAUUCCUAAACUUUAAGUCCCUUAUUACAUUUAAGUUAUUUUUGUGUGUGUGCAUGUGUGUGGGCAUACACAUGGUCAGAGGACAGCUUGCAGGAGUCAGGCCGAACCCAGGGGUCUCGGGGGAGGGGCCUUUGCCUGCUGAGCCACCCCGCCAGCCAAUCUUCCUUUCUAAAAAGCAGAAUAAAAUAAAAAGCUAACUAUAGAUAAUCAG